AUGGACAAGCAAAAGACAAUCGUAGUCGGUGGCGGUCUCAGCGGGCUGUCUGCAGCACACACCAUCCUCGAACGCGGUGGAAACGUCGUCGUGAUCGACAAGGCAUCUUUCUUUGGAGGCAACUCAACUAAAGCUACAAGCGGAAUAAAUGGCGCUGGAACUGAAGCUCAAAUGAGAAAUGAGAUUAAGGACUCAUCCUCUGUUUUCUUCCAAGACUCUAAAAAGUCAGCCAGAGAACUCGCAAGGGAUGAUUUACUUCACGUUCUCACGGGUAAAUCAGGUGACGCUAUUAAAUGGCUCACAGAGGAAUUUAAACUCGAUUUAUCUAAAGUUGCAAGACUUGGUGGUCACUCACAGCCACGCACUCACCGCGGUGAAGGUGGCCAAUUCCCUGGAAUGACUAUCACUUACGCUUUGAUGGAGAAACUCGAAGACCUUGCUCAAUCUCAACCAAAUCGUGCAAAUGUUCUCAAAAAAUCAUGCGUCACCCGCUUACUUCAGGAUAAUGACCUUACCGUCACUGGCGUUGAGUAUGAGAAAGAUGGUCAAAAAUUCACCGAAUUAGGUCCCGUUAUUCUCGCAACAGGUGGUUAUGCAGCUGAUUUUGGUGAUAACUCUUUACUCGCUAAACAUCGCCCUGAUUUAAUGCACCUCCCAACCACUAACGGUCCUUGGUCCACUGGUGACGGUCAUAAAAUGGUCCUUGGCAUUGGUGGCGCUGCCGUUGAUCUUGAGAAGGUUCAAGUUCAUCCUACCGGUCUCGUAGAUCCCAAGGAACCUGAUUCCAAGGUUAAGUUCUUAGCUGCUGAGGCGCUUAGAGGUGUCGGUGGUCUACUUGUUGACAACCAAGGUCAAAGAUUCUGUGAUGAACUUGGUCAUCGUGAUUAUGUCACUGGUCGUAUGUGGGAAAUUAAAAAAGAUCCUAUUCGUUUGAUAUUAAAUGGUCCUGCAUCCAGACAAAUUGAAUGGCACUGCAAGCACUAUGUCGGACGUGGCUUAAUGAAAAAAUUCACCAACGGUUCCGACCUCGCCAAGGAAAUGGGUGUUUCUUCAGAUGCACUCAACAAGACGUUCCAAGACUACAACGAUAUUGCUCAUGGCAAGAAGAAAGAUCCAUAUGGCAAGAAGUUUUUCUUUGACAAAGGAGAUGAGUGGAAGAUGGACGACACCUUCCAUGUCGCACAAAUGACCCCAGUUCUCCACUUCACUAUGGGUGGUGUUGAAAUAAACGCCUCCGCUGAGAUUCUCGGCGAACAAGGUACCAUACCGGGUCUAUUUGCAUGUGGAGAGUUAGCAGGUGGUGUACACGGAGCCAACAGAUUGGGUGGAUCAUCACUUCUUGGCUGUGUUGUCUUCGGUAGGGUGGCUGGUGAUUCGGCAGCUCGCUACAUGCUCACUGAGAAUCUCAACGGUAAAGCUGCUCAGAGGUUGGGAUUGUUGGGUGCACAUGUUGCCGGUCAGCCGCUCGAGACCAAGGUUAGGAUUGAUCCAUCCAACUCGAAGCUGACGUUGGAGUACUCUUGGGGGCAUCAGGACGACAGCAACGCGGGCACAUCCCAACCACCAGCCCAAAGUGAGCCAGCUAGACAAGGUGACAGAACAACUGCACAAAUGGAGCCCGAGAAGAUCGACGAGCCAGCAUCAAAGAAGACUGAAACUAAAUCAGAGUUCACUGUUGAAGACGUUAAGAAACAUACAUCUAAGGACGAUUGCUGGGUUAUUGUCCAUGAUGAGGUCUUGGACGUUACAAACUUCUUGCCUGAACAUCCAGGCGGCGAGAAGGCAAUCAUGCUCUAUGCGGGCAGAGACGCGACAGAAGAGUUUGACAUGCUUCAUCCACCAGGAGUUAUACAGAAGUAUGCUCCUCAGUCUGUCAUAGGCAGUGUGAAGAAGUGA